AUGGCCGUCGUCGCAACGAUCAAGUGCGUCGUCGUUGGUGACGGUGCUGUGGGCAAGACGUGCCUUCUCAUCAGCUAUACGACCAAUAAGUUUCCCUCGGAAUACGUGCCGACAGUCUUCGACAACUAUGCCGUCACGGUGAUGAUUGGCGACGAGCCCUACACCCUCGGCCUCUUCGAUACGGCGGGCCAAGAAGAUUACGACCGGCUGCGGCCCCUCUCGUACCCCCAGACCGACGUCUUCCUCGUAUGCUUCAGUGUCACCUCCCCCGCCUCCUUUGAGAACGUCCGCGAGAAAUGGUUUCCCGAGGUUCACCACCAUUGCCCCGGCGUCCCCUGCCUCAUUGUUGGCACCCAAGUAGAUUUGCGGGAUGACCCGAGCGUCAGGGAAAAGCUGGCCAGGCAGAAGAUGUCCCCCGUCAGGAAAGAGGACGGCGAACGCAUGGCCAAGGAGCUUGGCGCCGUCAAGUACGUCGAGUGCAGUGCGCUGACCCAGUUUAAGCUCAAGGAUGUCUUUGACGAGGCCAUUGUCGCUGCACUUGAGCCGCCCAUGCCCAAGAAGAAGCCGCACAAGUGUCUAGUCCUAUAA